AUGCUUCAAAUUGGACGCCAAAAUGGAAGGUUAAUGCCACCAAUUAUUCUCCUAAAGGAAGGAACAGAAACUAAACAAGGAAAAGGACAAAUUAUAUCAAAUAUCCAAGCUUGUAAUGUUAUUGCUGAUGCCAUUAGAACAACUCUUGGACCAAGAGGAAUGGAUAAACUUAUUGUUGAUAGAAAAGGAUCUCAUACAAUAUCCAAUGAUGGUGCUACAAUCUUGAAAAAACUUGAUAUUGUUUAUCCAGCAGCAUCUUUGAUGUGUGAUAUUGCCAUGUCACAAGACGCUGAAGUUGGUGAUGGUACCACUUCUGUUGUGGUGUUGUGUGCUGAGUUUUUGAAGAGAGCUAAGCCAUUUAUUGAAGAAGGAAUCUCACCUCUUUCUAUUAUCCAAUCCUACAGUGCUGCAGCCAGGGAAGCCGUUUCUUAUCUCAAAUCAUUAUCUAUUAAAAUUGAGGGAGAGAAAGAAUUAAGAGAGAUGCUCGUUAAAUGUGCCGCUACAACUUUGAGCUCUAAACUCAUUUCACAGGAUAGACAUUUUUUUGCAGAAAUGGUUGUUGAUGCAGUUAAAGUACUUGAUGAAAAUUUAGAGUUAAGUAAGAUUGGUGUUAAAAAAGUUAGUGGUGGUAAUUUGAAAGAUUCUGAACUUGUUAAAGGUGUAGCUUUUAAAAAAGCCUUUUCUUAUGCUGGAUUUGAAAUGCAACCUAAAAAGUACAAAAAUCCCAAAAUUGCAGUACUGAAUAUUGAACUUGAGUUGAAGAGUGAGAAAGAUAAUGCUGAAGUUAGAGUAGAUAAUGUUGUUGACUAUCAAAAUGUAGUUGAUGCAGAAUGGACAAUCCUUUACAACAAACUUAUUAAACUUCAUGAGGCUGGUGUUGAUGUAGUUUUAUCAAAAUUACCUAUUGGUGAUGUUGCUACUCAAUGGUUUGCUGAUAGGGAUAUGUUUUGUGCUGGAAGAAUACCAACAGAAGAUAUUGAAAGAACUAUUGCUGCUUGUGGUGGUACACUCUUGACUACAGUAUCACAAAUUGAUUCAUCUGUUCUUGGAACUUGUGAAGAGUUCUUUGAAAAGCAAGUUGGAUCAGAACGUUUUAAUUAUUUCAUUGGUGGACCAAAGUCAUCUUCAUGUACUAUUAUUCUUCGUGGUGGUGCUGAACAAUUUAUUGCCGAGACUGAGCGUUCCCUUCAUGAUGCUAUUAUGAUAGUUCGUCGUGCCUUGAAGAAUGAUUCAAUUGUUGCUGGUGGUGGAGCUAUUGAUAUGGAAAUUUCAAGACACUUACGUGAGAAAGCUCAAACAUUCUCCAACAAGCAACAAUCGUUUUGGUUAGCUUUUGCUCGAUCAUUUGAAAUAAUUCCUCAACAAUUAUGCUCAAAUGCUGGUUUAGAUUCAACAGAUAUUUUGAAUCAACUUCGCUUUAAACAUUCAAAAGGAGAAAAAUGGGUUGGAAUUGACAUUCACAGUGAAUGUGUUAGAGACAACCUUGAAGGCUGUAUCUGGGAACCAGCUCUUGUUAAGUCUAAUGCUAUCAUUGCAGCUGCAGAAGCCGCUUGCACAAUUCUCUCUAUUGAUCACACAAUAAAGGCUCCUAAGAAUUCUAAUGAAAUUCCUGGUGUUCCAAGAGCUAAUUAA